AUGACGCAUUUUGGAACGAUCAAAACGCGCGCGGUUGCAAUUCACAAAACCUGGGCACGAGAUAUCCCUGGCAAGGUUAUAUUCUUCGUCGGAAAUUCAGACAACAGAACGGAAGUGGAUAUACCGCUGGUCGUACUUCCGGUUGCCGAUGACGUAUACCCCCCGCAAGAGAAGGCGAUGUUGAUGCUCAAAUAUGUCUACGAGCAUUACGUCGACUGUUUCCGAUGGUUUAUCCGAGCCGACGACGAUGUUUAUAUCAACAGCGAUAACUUGGGUGCGCUGUUGAUUAGCAUUUCCAACAGGGAUGACGUACUACUUGGACAUCCGGGCAUCGGUACGACCGAGGAGAAGGGAAAACUGGGACUAGAAGAACAGAGUAAUUUCUGUAUAGGAGGAACGGGGAUAGUGAUGAGUAGAUCGGUAUUGAAGAAAGUCUAUCCCCAUUUAGACCAUUGUAUCAAGCAUACACUUACUGCGCAUGAGGAUAGUGAAGUUGGCCGCUGUAUAAAAAAGUUCGUGGGCGUACAGUGCCCCUGGGGAUAUGAGGUGAGUGUCUUAUAGAGUUUCGCAUCCGUGACAAUCAUCCUCUUGAAAUAGACGGGCCUUAUUUUGCUGGAGACGUGAUCUAGUGUUGACAAUAUUCAACAACAAGCUGCUCUGGUUUGUGACAAGUUUGGAACAAGUUGUUAUCAUUUAAUACAAGGUUGAUGACGGACAACAGCGUACAAAGGAUACCAUUCAGUUGUCACACAUGUCCCUCACCACUUCUGUGGCACGAGUUUGGUAAAUGCUUGUGCAAUUUUCUGCAGUCCAAAGUUUCAUGUUGUCUGCACAUGUAAUUUCUUUGGCGACACAAUUUUCCUCCUGACAAAUCGGAAAAUGAUCAAGAUAGUGACUCUGAUUGAUUUACAUAUUGUAUUGACAUAUGACUGUUGACACUGCUUUUUAGUCUUCAAUAUUUGAGUGAGUCAUGCUUUGGAAAUGACAAUAAAUUUUUAUUACCCAAAUCUCCAAUUGUUUUGUUUUUCAUUUACCCAACCUUUUACUCACUCAAAAUGUUGUUUACCCAACCCUUUUCUCUUCUGUGCCCCCCCCCUUCCCCCCCCCCCUCCAUAAAUAAUGACCUCUCCCUAACAUUAUUUUAUCACUCUGAUAACAGCUGCCGGUUUACCAAUCUAUUGGUCCACUGGACUGAUGUUAAAUCAAAAUUUUAUUAAUUGAUAUUUAUCAUCUUUUUAGGCAAGUGAAAUAUUCCAUCAGGACUAUGGCGAUGACCAACAAGCCUACCAUGGCGAUCUCGAUUUAAUACCAUUUGAAAAAGUCGUCAGCUUACAUCCUGUCAAAGACGCGGGCUACCUAUUUCGUUUACACCAUCAUUUCUUAAGCAUAAAACAGCGAGAAAGACAAAACCGCGCACGGAAGCUCAAAAAACAUAUCAAAAACACGGAGAAGAUACUAGCUGCUUCGAAGACCAAUCAUUCCGUAAACUUCUUCCGAAAUCCAGACUCGUAUUAUUGCAAACUGGAACAAUGCGGUGAAUUUCACACUGCCGAGGAGAGAGUUCACGGCAAAAAUCUCCCGCCAAAAACUUGGGCGAUGUUUCGAGACCUACAAAGCUUUGGCGUGCAACAAUUCUCGACCCCAGUUGAAGUAAUUCGCAGCUCAAAAGCGAAAACUCUUAAACUUGUUACGGAAAAAGCGAAGCAAAACAUUAUACAAGAGGAAAGACCCGAACUAUAUCAUGGUUUCUAUUUUGGUGAAUUUGAGGUCGGUUAUACAAGGGAGAGUCCAAUUCGUGGGAACUUAUAUGAAAUACACUACACCGUUCGUAUGAAGCGUGACAUCAAAGGGCGACUCGAAACUCUUCGUCAACUUAGACGCGUCAAAUUUAAAAAUACGUUUGGCAGUUUAACUGCUCGAGUACAGCAAGACAACCCGAAAAACGAGUUAAUCAACAUCGUUCUACCCUGCCAAGCUCCUAUAAACCUCUUCGAAAAUUUUCUGAAAAACGUUCGUCAGAUGCUGGAAAAAUUUCACGAGACCUUGCGAGUGUUUGUCGUAUAUUUUCGCGAAGUCGCUCAAAGCAAAAAAUUCAAGAGCAUUUUUGAGAUGUACCGAAAGAAAUUUGGUGAUUUUAGAUUCGUUUGGCUUGAAGUAGACGGCAAAUUCAAUCGGGAGACUGCCGUGGAAAUUAUUUUAAAACACUUUUCCAAAAAUCAACUUUUAUUAUUCACUCAAAUAGAUUUCAUUAUCAGCGCAGAUUUUCUUGAACGCUGUCGUCAGAAUACCGAAAAAGGGACGAGACUCUAUUUUCCUAUGGCGUUAAAAACACGCGACAAAAAGAACGCUUACCAAAGUGGCCGAUGGGAAUUUGAAAAUUAUUCAACAUUUUGUGCGUACAGUGAUGACGUCAUAGCUUUGAAAGAUAUACAUCCAGUUAGAAAUGCGAGUUCAGAGAAUGACUUAGAGACGUCUUCAUUUGUCGACAUGUUCAUCACACGUGAACAGCGCAUGCUCGAGGUAUUCAGAGCACCCGACCCAGGACUCUUGUUGCUAGACUCCUCACGGCCGCCAUGUUUGCCAAAAGAUAAAGCAUGCACGGACAGAUUUGAUUCGACAAAAAGUUUGUUUGAUUAUAUCUUUAAGAAAGGUUAUCUGAAGGAUUUUCUCUGAAACAAUGUAUGAAGGAUAACAGGAGUACAUGCGUAUUAGAACACGCAAGUUGUUACAGCUGUGUUGCAGACUUGUUACAACAUUGUUUCCGAUUUGCAAAUAUCCCAUGAUGUCAGCCAUUCUCAGUUUUGUGAGAAACGAUUCUUACAAUCACCAAGUGAUUUUCGUGCGGCCUCCUCCAAUGGACCAUUUGCAUUAUAGACUAAAUUUUGAUCUAGACAAAAAUUCCAUCACACCUUGGGGUCAAACAUUUUUUCCGGACAUACAAAAAUUUUCCGUGAAGCCAAAAAAUUUUCCGGAUAUCUUAAAUUUUCGCCAUUUCUUCAAAAUAUUUUUCUAAAUUCCAAAAAUUUCCCAAAAUUUUUAUAAAUAUAAACUAUAAAUUACCUGAAUCUCGUGAUUUUCCUAUAAAAAGCAUCGUUGGAAAUGUGAUUUAUCACGUAUUAUUUUACAACUAAAAGGGCACUUCUGCCCCCCUGCCCCCCCU